UGUAUGCACACAAAAACAUUCAAACUUGCUUUUGCCUUGUUCUUCAUGCGCUCCAGUUCUCACGGUAGGAAACCACCUUGUGGUCUUUUUCUAAGUUUGUAAACGUGUGUAUGGCUAUAUUAUAACUGAAACUACGCCCACCGAAAAACAAUGGCAAUCGAUGUUUUAAACAGGAUUAUAUAACAGUGUAAAUCAAAAGGAAUCUCCGUUGUAUAGCUACUUGGUUAGGCUUAAUUGUUGAAUCCAUAACUUUUAUUGUAGGUUGGAUGUAGGACUCCCUUGCAGCACACAGACUUGCAGCACUUUGCUAUUUUGUUCCUGCACGACAUAUAAAGGAUGGAUCAUUUGAUAAGCAACUGUUUUUUCAUCGCCACCCACGACUCAAACCAAGAAUAAAAGGGGUUAGCAAAGUAGGGCGACUGCAAUCCUCAAACUAAAGCAGAAAGAUCAUGCAUCUGCUAAAAUACCACCAAACUAGGUCAUGUCAUUUAAGAAACUUCUCAUGGACUAGAUUUUUACCAAGUCUCUGCGUUAGAUGUUUCAUCACGGGUUGUUCAUUGGUCGUAUGACAAAGGCUUCCUCCAGCUUGCUUUCCUCGGGCAGGAGAUAAGAUCAAAAGAGUGACUCAUUUGCUGAAGAAAUUGCAGUUAUAUUGACGCACAAAAAAAGCCUACACAGUUUUUGUUUUUGAAAUAUGUUCCGUCCUACAAUUCACAGACAUUCAGUGUAGCAGAGCCUACUUUUGUCGAUUUUCUUUCAGGAGUGCUUUUCAUCACCAUAUCAGCUACAUUCUAAGACAAUAACCCAACUGAAUUCAACGGAGAAGAUGAACUAUGAUGAAUAUUCUCACAUCGACUUGUAUAUUCCGAAUACAGGUUCUCCUCAUUUUCUACCUCAUGGGCUCGCACCUGCUGUCUGCUACCUUCGGGACAAAAAUUUUGGAACGAGGCUUUCUGACCGUAGUGCCAGCUCAGGAAUUUAUUCUGGGUUCAGACCUGACCGUGUACUGCCACCUCACAGAGAAGUGUUCAUCGAGCAUCCACUUAAUUCUGUGGCUAGAUAAAGUGACGGUGGAGCCUGAGCAACGCAUCAACUGCACAACAGCCAGAUUUCGACUGACGAACCUCCGCACCCCUGAACCUGUUGUGAAAUGCUUGAUGCGUAUGGAAGGCAGGUCAUACGCAGUGACUGGACUUCGUCUCCAUGGUGGAUUGCCUCCUGAUAAGCCUACCGAUGUUUACUGUGAGACAUCACGGGACUCCGGAGUGUUGGAUUGCCGGUGGGACCAAGGACAGAAGACAUACCUAUCCACUAGCUACAAUAUUUCUCUCAGCAGUGAAAAUGGAACUCAAAUACACAGUGUUCAUGAACAGAGAGCGAAUUGCCAGGUGCCAAAAACAUUGCUGGAUGAGAAUGAAAAUUACCAGUUGACCAUCACCUCUUACAACACCAAGGGGACAUCGAAGUCAGAACCCUUCAACUUCUGUGUCAAGGAUGUUGUUCUACCAGUGACACCACUCAUUGUGCAAAUAAAGUUUGGCAACGACUCUUCCGCCUCGCUGCGCUGUAACAGCACAGAGUCCUCCGAGCUAAUCCACUACCUCGCCAGACUCCGGACAGGAAAUGGCUCCAUUUGGCUACUUGCAGAAGAAGAACGGAGCGGUACAGGCCAACUAAGAGUGGAGGGAUUGAAUGCCCUUUGUGAGUACGAGUUCCAAGCCAGAGCUUGCUACUCCGCACAUGCAGGUGGUCUGACCUCGGUGCCCACCAGCGCAUCCAGAUCCAGGCCUCGCUGCAGCAAAUGGAGCGAACCUGUCAGGAGGUCGAGCCCUGGCAAAGGUCCUUCCCUGAAGCUCCAGGUAUGGAGGAUUCUCGGUCACCAUGACGACAGUGGCCUUCAGAAUGUGACUGUUUUGUGGAAGCCUUCUCCUCAAGAGGACUACAGCGGUACACUGAGGCGCUACGAGGUGCGCGCGGCGAGCAAGACGGACAUCUGCCUUCCUGAUCUGAGCCUGUGUGUAGUCCAGGUGUCUCCGGACGUUCAUACGCUGUGGGUCAGCGCGGUCACCUCCUACGGCCGCUCCCCGCCUGCCGCUGUCCAGCUCAUACCCUCAGGUGUUCCUGGGCCUGCUUUAAAGAGGACGCUCCGUGAUGGACAUGGGAGCGUGGUACUCUCCUGGUCCUGGCCUCCCCCUGGCCCUGGUGGCUCAGGGGGCACUGGGGAACUGGUCAGCUAUGUGACUGAAUGGACCAUUCGACCUGCGGAGCUGCGCUGGAACAUUCUGUCCAGAGAUCAAAACACUACCUUAAUCGGAGGUCUGUUUGCCGGUGAGCGGUAUAACGUCUCUGUGUAUGCUGUGACCACUAAGGGCAUCAGUAAGCCAUCUUCACUUUUGGUGUACUCCGAAGAAAAGAGGCCUCUGUCAGGGCCCAAGGUGUCAGUGGUGGACCACAAGGCUGGCCGUGUCCUGAUCCAGUGGGAGGAGCUUCCCGUAGCAUGUCAGAGAGGUUUCAUCACAAGUUACACCAUAUAUGUCCGCACGCUUUCCUCCAGCCUCGGUGAACACAACAUAAGCGUAUCUGGCUCAGCCCCUCGGCGCGUGUGGCUUGACUGUCCUGAAGACAGUGUAAUACUGGGUCUCUCUGCCUCCAACUCAGCCGGAGAGGGACCGAAGGGAGAAGGGGCCACCUGCAAGCCCUCAGUCACACAUCCUAUAGCCGGAUUGGUGACUGCUCUGGUUCUCACCAUAACCUUCUUCUCAGUGGCUGCACUCAUCUUUAUAUGCUGGAGCUCUGUGAGGAAAAGAAUCAAACAGUCAUGCAUUUCCUGGGGACCGUCUUGGCUUGUUGAAAACGUACCGAAACCUGAAGACAGUAAAGCUAAUGCACUUUUGAAGGGGAAGUACGUCGAAACCUCUGUCAGGCCAUCCCGCCCAAACUCCCAUAGUGACCCUCCUCUCUCACCCAUCGAGGAGAUCCCCUGGGAGGACACCCUCCUCCUCCCAACCCGACCCUGGCCUGUCCAGGCUCCGGGGUCAUGGCCGGGGCUGACAGCAGAGACGGAACGGCCCCUUCCCGCUGAGGGGCCCGUGGAGUCGGUCAGCUACAAGCCUCAUGCUCCGUGCAUUGAGGAGGACAAGGAGGAAGCGGGCCAUGGAGGAGUGUGCGGAGAGCAGGGGGAUGUACCUGACACACCUGCGCAAGAGCGUGGCAGCGGAUGCUCGCUAACGCUCAAUGGGUUUCCAAAGUUGAGCUCACUCUACGGUGCGGACGGGGAUGUGCCUAAUAUGCGAUCUCUGGGGUUCACCGAGGGCUCUGGUAGCCGUCUGUCUGGCCUCCUCUGCAGCGGGGUCUUUUUUGGGGGAGCUGAAACUGAGGGCCAGGGGACUAUGUGUGCUGGGUAUUCAACGGGAGGAGAGGGAGACCCCUGGAGAACCUAGAACCUAGGAAUCUGGGGUUCUGGGUAUUCAGUUGGCGACGGAGGCCCCUGAAGAGGUGUUAUGAUGUUGUUCAUUCAAGGUUUUGUUUUAGUGUUCGUAAAGUGGCUGUACUGACAACAGAGCAAGGCAGCAUAUACCUGCUUGGAAGAAACCCAUCGGUUCAAAUCAGUCUAUGAACGAGUAAAAGAGUACAAUACUGCAUUACUGAAAAAUGAAAAGAAAUACACAAGCGUACAGUUAAUGGAGUCAAGGGGGUUAUGGAUACUUUGGUCAAUGUUUGUUUAUGUAUAUAACACAAAUCUUUCUUAAACUAAUUUAGUCAUCAAGAUCUUUUUCUUGUCUUACAUGUAUCUAGUGCCCCUUAAUCCCUCCUAUAAUAGUAACACUUCUAAUAAUAAUAGGGAACAUUCAUUUUGUAUUGAUUAACAAUUUUAAUUAACCAGACACAAUUCAGUAUGUAUAUGAAUUAGUUUACAGUUAAUUAACAGUUGACCAAACCACAAGUAAUCAUUUCCAAAUGCUGUUUAUGUUUAAUAAAGAUGUGCAUGUUUAGUACGGUAUUAAUGUAUACAUUAUUUAAUAGGGUUUGGGUAAAUCCUUACUUUUGCUUAUUAAUGCUUAUUAAUUCAUUGACUAAUGCUAAUUAACGGUUAACUCAUGUACCCUUAUGAAAUGUUAUUGUAAGGGGAGUAUCAAUCUAACACUAUCGCAAAAUAUGAAAAAUAAACUUGAUUCUUCUGUU